AUGACAGAAAUGAAUAAUAUAACUACAAGUAGUACUACUACAAAUACUGCAACUUCAUCGAUUCUCAUUACCGAGUUGGAAGAUGUAACACCACAGUAUAAAGAGAUGAUGGAUAGAGCAAAGGUUGAGGAUUUCAGUGAUAUUGAACAAUCGCAAUGUUUCAUACCGGUUGGAUGUGAUACAGAUGGUUCACCAGUAUAUCUUAUCAUCGCAACUAAUUUACCAAUCGGAAAAGAAGGUCUUGAGAAACUAUUAAAAUAUAUUUGUUUAACACUUGAACCAAUUGUAAAAGGAUCACAAUAUACAUUGGUAUACUCACAUCAUCUAUUAAGAAAUGAAAGUACACCUGAGAAAUCAUGGUUAACAUCAACCUAUCAAAUGUUACCAAGAAAGUAUGUUUGUUUAAAUUAUAUAUAUGGAUAUAAUUAUAAUUAUUUGAAUGUUAAUUUAAUAUUGAUAUCGACAUUUAGUUUCAAAAAGAAUUUAAAACACUUUUAUAUUAUACAUCCAUCGACUUGGCUGAGAGUUAUGUUUAUGGCAAUGUCACCGUUUUUAAGUGAAAAAGUUUGGAGAAAUAAAUUGGCAUACAUCGAUUACAUACAAGAGCUUCCAGAUACCUUGGAUCGUGCACUCAUCAAAUCGAAACUACCUGAAGCGGUAAGAGAAUACGAUGAGGAGCUAUUGGGCAAACCAGAGGUAGCCGAACAGGUCAUGUCCACAAUGGAAUCACUUGGAAAAGAGUUACUCUCUGCUUUUGCAACUCCAUCUCUAUUGGGUGGUGAUCCUGCCAAAUGGGGUUAA